CUCCGUGCCUCUUUGUUACUCUUUAUUACUUCUGAACAUUGCAUGGUUCUCCAAAGGAUGCAGCUUGAGUGCUCAAAGUCAAUGGCUUCUAGGCAAAAUUUGAUUGUGAAUGCAUUUACCAGCUCAGGGAAAACUAUUGCUAUGCUUCUACCCAUCCUUCUUAAACCAGAAAAGGUAUUGUUGAUUAUAUCGCCAAUGAAACAGCUGCAAUUGAACCAGGUCAGUAGAAUGGGUUGA